CCCGCGCCAUCCAAGAGAGAGAGCCGUAGCCGAGGAUGAAGGCAGCCUUCCCCUCAUCCUCAUCACUUCGAUAGACCACUCGACCACUCGACUUCUCGCCCUCCUUAACAAAAUACAUAACAUAUAGCAUAAGAUAUAUUGAUGUACUGACUGGACCAGGCGAUCGUUCCUCAAAUACAAGUAGCCUGCAGGAAAAGUCAAGGUCACGCCUCUGACCCAACAACGACUCUUUGCCGAACAAACUCCCUUUCGACGACAUCUCCACUACAAUGGAAGCAACGAAACCCGUCGUCCAGGUCAUCCUUCCUCGAUCAGAUGCAACAGAAGACGGACAAGAACUCUCCAGACCGCCUAGCGUCUUUCCGGUUGCCGAGGUCGAUAGGUUGAGAGCUCAGGAAGGUGAGAGUGGAAGUGGUCAGGGCACAAUACAGAACGAGCCUUCAGUGUCGUCGACCUUGAUCCAGACCGAACGAGACGGAUCACGAGACCAUGCCCCUGCUCCACCCCAAUACGACGAUCCGAUCCCCUAUCAUCCUAAACCUUCCCUCGACCUGCCUCCUUAUGAACCCCUGCCCGAUACAUUCCAACCCCGAACGGAGAAGCCCACGCCGAAAUCGAACCUCUCCCUGGCUGCUUCGGCUUCGGCGACGGCCUCUGCUUCGGACGAAAAGCGUCGGCUGGACCUCGAAGCGGUGACGACGGCGGUCGAUCAGGCUUAUGCUGCCACCCCGCAAUUUGACGAUCAGAGGUCGGAACUGAGACCUUCAGGUUCCAGGUCGGCUUCAACGGGUGUAGGUUUCGGUGUGGGAAAGAUCAGAGGAGAGGGGACGGCGAUGGGGAGGAAGAUGAGCUUGAAGGACGAAAAGGAGUUGAACAAGCUGUUCGAUCAGAUCGAAAGGGCUCAUGGACACAAACUGCCUGAUCAAUCUACCGAGCUGGAUACUGAGCGGGCGGCCGAACGCAAUACAAAGAAGCGGGAGAGCUUCUACCAAGACCUCCUUACCUCCACUUCGGCCGGCCGUAUGCGGGACCAAGAAUACGACCUGUCCAACGCUUCACCCCGGGUCUCGCCUUUGGUCAAGUCGUUCACCGAGUCCGGGUCGGGGUUCGAGCCGGACGAACACGAACGCGAAGAAGGCGAUAGGAAGAGGAAGAGUAGAGAGGUCGUCGACAUUCAUCAGGCGAUCAGGGAUGGACCGGGACAGUUGUAGGCUGGGCAUUGCGCUCCCGACCGAGUAGGAUGUGUUACGUAGGAACCGGUUUGGCAGGCGGCACGCACCAUGUAUAUUAUACUCCACCUCAUUAUGCCUUCCGAAUAGCAUUGAUACCCGCAC